AUGGAUCCGGUGGAUAAUCGAAAUGUCUGGAUUAAUAAUAUUAUUAAUCCUACUAGUCGAUACGAUACCAAAUGUAAAAAGUUAAAGAAGGUUAUUAAAGAUAUGGUUUUUGAAAAUGCUGCCAUUUGUGAUGAAAUAUCACGAAAUCAAGAAAAAUUAAUAAUGGCCCGAGAAGAAUUAAAGUUUUUAACUAAAAAGUUAAAUGGAUAUGAACCUCCACCAGAUGUUCCUAUAAACACAACCACUGUAAAAAAGGCAACUCCAAGAAAAAAAGCAACUACCAAUGGUGUAACACCUAAACCAAGACGUCCUGCUGCUAAACGAAAAAAGGUUAAUAAUAUUAUAGAAGUCCAAGAACCAAUAACUAGUGGAAAUGUUACUAUUUACAAUUUUGGAGAAAUUGUAUAUGAUACACCGUUUUAUUAUUCAGACUGUGCAAUCUAUCCAGCUGGAUUUUAUGCAACAAGAACUUAUGCUCAUUUCAGAAAUAUAUUCACUAAAUGCACUUAUCAUUGCAAAGUUAUAAAAGCCGGUUCAUCUCCAAGAUUUGAGAUCAUGGAUAAUGAUAAACAUUUCAAAGUGACUGGCUUAAGUACUGAUGAAUGCCAUAGUCAUCUUAUAUCAUUAAUUAAUAAAUUGCUGGGCGCUGAAGACUUAAUACCUGCAAAUAGAAAUGGUGAUAGAUUUUUUGGAUUGACCUUACCUCCGGUCCGCAUGAAACUACAAGAAGCACCAGAAUCUAAAUUUUGCACGGGAUACAUUCCAUUAGAAUUUCAGUCUGAUUGUCGUGAAGCAGAGUUAAAGGCUGAAAGUGAUCCCGCUGUGAGUUUUGAAGGUCUUCAUAAUACAUUGAACAGAUUUCGAUCUAGACAUUAA